AUGAAGCUCAUCCAAGUAACAGUCCUCCUCCUCUCUCUAGGCCUAACCCUACCAGUAGAAGGCUUCACACGGUCCAGGACGGACGCAGUCGCACCCAAACCGCCCUUCCGACCCCUUCCGGCCAGUUCACCCCGAAACAAGACCUGCCAUGUCAAAAGCAAUGGCGACGGAACCGACGAUUCCACAUAUAUCCUUUCCGCCUUGAAGCAAUGUAACAAUGGCGGCAAGGUCGUCUUCGACAAAGAUACGGAGUACACAAUUGGCACGGCAUUGGAUAUGACCUUCUUGAAACACGUUGACCUGGAAAUCCUCGGGAAAAUCACCUUCACCCCAGACACAGACUACUGGCAAAGGAACUCCUUUAAACACACCUUCCAAAACGCCACCACCUUCUUCAACCUCGGCGGCACUGACGUCAACGUCUACGGCGGCGGCGAACUCAAUGGCAACGGCCAGGUCUGGUACGACCUGUACGCUAAGGAUAAACUCGUGCUGCGGCCCAUUCUCGUCGGUAUUAUCGGGCUGCAUGGGGGCACGAUUGGGCCGUUGAAGUUGCGGUAUUCGCCGCAGUGGUACCAGCUUGUUGCGAAUAGCUCCGAUGUCCUGUUUGACGGGAUCGAUGUGUGGGGGUAUAGUAGUAGUAAGAAUGAGGCGAAGAAUACAGACGGCUGGGAUACGUAUCGAUCGAGUAACAUCGUCAUUCAGAAUUCGGUGAUUAACAAUGGGGAUGACUGUGUCUCCUUCAAGCCGAACAGCACCGAGAUCCUCGUCCAAAAUCUUUACUGCAACGGGUCCCACGGUAUCUCCGUGGGCUCACUGGGUCAGUACAGGGGCGAAGUCGAUAUCGUGCAGAACGUCCUCGUCUACAAUAUCUCCAUGUAUAAUGCAUCCGACAUGGCCCGCAUAAAGGUUUGGCCGGGCGUCUCCAGCUCAAUGUCCGAAGACCUCCAAGGCGGAGGCGGCCUAGGCAGCGUCCAAAACAUCACCUACGACCACAUGUACAUCGAAAACGUGGAUUGGGCGAUCGAGGUGACGCAGUGCUACGGACAGAAGAAUCUGACAUUGUGCAAUCAGUUCCCGAGUAACCUCACGAUUAGCGAUGUCUACUUCAAUGAUCUUAAGGGCACAACGUCCGGAAAGCGCGACCCUAAUGUGGGAACGAUUGUUUGCUCGAGUCCGAAGGUUUGCUCUGGGAUUCAUGCGACGAAUAUCGAUGUCAAGAGCCCUAAGGGGAAGGAUGCCUUUGUUUGUACCAAUGUUGAGGAGGAGCUUCUGGAUGUCAACUGUGCUUCGUCUAGCUAG